GGACCUCGUAACUUGUCGGCCAUUUUGCGUCGGGGCCAAUGAAGUGCAAUGAAGUGCGCACAUUGAAAUCGCUGUAAAUUGCGUUAUAUUCAACCUAUGAUUCAACAUUAUUAGUUUAUCGUGAAUACAGUCCUUCUUUUUCUGCCCGGCAAUGGCGUUUUUAGUGAUAGAAUACCACUCGCCAUAGAAGUACGCCGCCUUUAGACAUCUAGCCUUAAACGGGAUAUCUCCAGUUUGGGUGACUUUGGAAGGGAAGAAGAAGGCUCAUGGACAGAAGCGAAUAAACGCGAUUUUAAAUACAGUUCUACAUUGAUUCAAUCGACACAUUGAACGUGUUGAUUAGGAGUACGUACUCGUAGCUCAAGUUAUGUCGAGGCUGUUCCCCUUCGUUCAAUACGUCUACAAGAGCCUAGCGAGUAGUGAGUCAACCUUCCUCGCCAAGACACCUCGUGGGGUCGGACUGGCCGGAAAGAAGGACUUGGUGGUCCUGGAGGAAGAGCAGCUGGAGGAGCAGUUCGUAAGAGGCUCUGGACCAGGCGGACAGGCAACCAACAAGACCAGCAACUGCGUGGUGCUCAAGCAUGUCCCCACUGGCAUUGUAGUCAAGUGCCAUCAAACCCGAUCGGUGGACAUCAAUCGGAAACGCGCGAGAGAGAUAAUGCGGCAAAAAUUGGACGUGUUCUACAAGGGGGAAGACAGCGAGGUACUGCUGGAGAAGAAAGAGGCCCAGGCUAAGAAAGAAGAGAAACGCAGGAGAGCCAAGCACAACCUGGAAAGGAAGAGACUCUUCAAAGAAGAGCUCCUCGCCCAGGACGACUGAGAAUCACCUCAUUUUUUCCCACUUUCGUACCGAAGGAACUUGCGAGGACAGCUCAUUUGUUUCAACGUUGUGCUCGGCAUCGAGCCAGAUGGACCUGACACAACUCGAUUUGGAAUGUUUUUAUUAUAAGUAAAAAUAACUGACACUGAGUGGAGAUUAUUACUCUUCUGGUCAGUAAACAUCUGUAGGUCACUUCAUGUUGAUUUGGGGUCACUUUCUGUCGAUUUCUAGGUCACUUAUGGAUUUUGGGUCACUUCUUAUUGAUUUUUGGGCAUUCGCGAGUCACUCUGUUGAAUUUGGGUCACUUCCUGCUAAUAUGGGGUUAUUUACAGGUCACUUCCUGUUAAAUUUGGGUCAUUUAAUGAUCACUUUCUGUUGACUUUGGGUUAGUUUUAGUUGACAUUUUAGGUCACUUCCUGUUUCUUUGAGGGUAUUUAAGGGUCUUGUUCUAUUGAUUUCCGGUCACUUCCAAUCGAUCUUGGGUCAGGUUCUGUUGAUGUUGGGGCAUUGCUCGGACAUUCAACGGGUCGCGUCUUAGUAUUAUGUCCUGGUCUUUCCCAGGAUGAGGUUUGUUUGAAAGCACACGUUUGAUUCCCGGGUCACAGGACGAAGGCUGGUGACGGAAGUAGUAUGGCGGGCCGAUCAUCAUUUGUUCUUUCUUUGCAGUAAGACGAAAAGCGGUAAACAAACGUCACAAUUAUCAACAUGGCAAACUGGAAAUGGCAAAAUUGAAAACAAAACAAAAUUAAAUUGCUACUGGAUCGUAAAGCCAAGGAAGUG